AACUUUGCGCUCUCGGAAUGCAGGUCCAAGGACUCAUCCGUUGUACGUUAAUUAUGUGAGAAAAUGCACGAAAAGUUUUACAUCAAGCUGAAAGAAAUUGGAAUGCGUGGCGAACAGAAUAUCCUCAGGGUGUGAGGGGGUUAAGGCGAUGGCAACGCAAUUUACCAUCGAUGACGCGUUUGUGCUUGGAGAUGAGGAAGAGGUAGAAUCAGGAGGUGAAUCGGAAGGAUGGAAAGAGAGAGAAAAGGAAGGGGAAAUGACAUUUGGUCCUUUGUCAUUUUCCAAACCACAGAGUCAUCCUGCCUCUACCACUGGCACUCCGGAGCUCAGUAACCUGAAGUAUCAGAAUCUGGAAAAUGAAGAAGGCCUGGGCAGUACUGGCAAUUCGACAUUUAAUAACUUUUUCAAAAUCAGUGAUCCUGCUACUCUGUCUUACUGUAGCUCGCAGUGGUCUUUUAGUACCCUCAGCUCCGUCACCCAGCUGUCAGCCCGUUGCUGCGGGUGGCUCUCUCAUCCGCUUCUGAAGAAAAACAGAAAAGUGGUUGUUGCCUCAUUCCUCCUCCUCAUUAUUGGAGUUGCCCUGAUCUUCACAGGUAUAGCCAUACAGCUAAAUCCAAAUGCAGGCGUCUCAAGUGCCAUAUUCUUCGUCCCUGGAUUUCUGCUCUUCAUUCCAGGCGUGUAUCACGUGAUUUAUAUAAGCUGUGCUGUUCAGGGACGAAGAGGAUUCAAGUUUUUUUACCUGCCUUACUUUGAGAAGUGACCUCAGUCUUAAAGAACAUAUAGAAAUUCAUCAAAUGGCUUAUGAAUUUGCUGACGUUAGCUUAUAAUUCCCAUGUGCUCUCUCACUUUUUGUAAAACUAAUACCACUACUAACGUUUAAAAACCACUGUCUAAGUUAAAAUGCUUCAUUUUUAAACCAGAUUUUUUUUUCCUUUUUAAAUUUUAAUCACUGUGAUGGAACAAUAAACCUGUUUUUUUUAAUAACUGUUUUGCUCACAGCUUCUUUGAACAUAACAAUGGUUUUACUUGUCCUAAGUAAGUGAAUGGAUAUCAGCAUUUAGAUUCAAAGUGCGUAUGACCCGGUGAAAAACACGCUUACAGAAAAUCUUUAGCUUUUCUGUUGGCAGCAUUGCUUUUCUGAGAGAUGGUUUGGUAUCCGACUGGGUAGUGUUCUUUUACCGUCCACAGAUUAACAACAAAUGUUCCUGUGUACCCAGUCAGUAUUUGGGAAGAGGGAUAAAAAGGUGGUAUGAUGUGUGUUUAAAGGGGAAAUGUCUGGAGUGACCUUAAAUGUGAGAAGAAAAAAAAAAUCCUGGAUGAAAAUGU